AUGGAGAGGAGAAAGUAUCCCAUUCACGCGGAGGAAUAUGAGCUAUACGAGGAGGUGGGGCAAGGAGUCAGCGCCUGCGUUUACAAGGCUCGGUGCAUCCCUUUGAACGAGAUCGUGGCCAUUAAGGUCAUCGAUUUCGAGAAACACAAUAGCGAUCUGGUCAGUUGAGUUUAUCCUCCUCUUUCAUUUAAUAGCAGCUUCUUGAUCUAUGGAACAAAUAUCCUUAGAUCUACAGAUACGAAUGGAACUUUGUUUCUCAAACAUUGCCAGUUCGUGUCAGUUUGCAAAUGCCAUUAAUUCCCUGCCAAACUGUUGAUUAGAUGUACUCUGUGGAUUCAUAGAUUUAUUCUCGUAGUCUUCACAAUGUCAAGGUAUCUGGCAUGACUGUUCAAGUUUUCCAUUUAGCCAUUGACCUUGAAUUACGGGUUUGAAAAGACGGUUUUCGGUUCCUGCUUGUUUAGCUAUAUCGGUAGAACGAGAUCAGGGCAUUUAUGAUCCUUAUCUUGUUUAGGAAAAAUAAAUAAAUUAUCUCUUGAAAUUCCUUUCUGUUCGUAUUUAGAGUUCUUGGUCUUGGCUGUGAACUUUUUAUAUAGGACGUGAAUUCUUUGGCACAUUUCCUUAUGUAUAAUAUUUAUUUUUGUCAAUGCCAUAAUAUCUAACGAUCUGAUGACAGAGAUACUCCGCCGCUGGUUUCUGUUAUCUGUGAUCUGACCAAAAAAUGACAUAUCAAGCGUGGGUAUGAUUUAGUGUAACUCAGGAAUCCACUUUGAAUCUAUGUAAAAGCUACGAAGAUUAAAAAUGCCAACUCCUGAUGUUGGCAUUUUCCAGUCCUUUAUACGAUAAAAUAAGUUUGAUACAAAACUCUAGUCCUUUAACCAGUUGAACCCUACCACGCCUUGAUUCUUUGUUGUUCUCUUCUACUUAUUUUCUGUGGCUAUCUACUGUACAUUGUAAGAUGUCCAUGUAGUCAAGAAUAUGAAUCUAAAUCUCAUUAUUUUAACAAUUUUAUAGGAAAAUGUACUCUUGACAAGUACGAACUUAUAAAGGCUAACUUUUUCGUUAUCUAUGCAGCGUAACAUCUCUCGUGAAGCCCAGACAUUGACAUUAGUCGAUCACCCUAAUGUUCUUAAUGCGCAUUGUUCAUUUGUAAAUGAUCAUACCUUGUGGAUUGUCAUGCCCUAUAUGGCGGGUGGCUCUUGUCUUCACAUCCUAAAGUCUGCCUAUCCAGAUGGUUUUGAGGAGGCAGUCAUUGCAACAUUGUUACGUGAAGCAUUGAAAGGACUGGAAUAUCUUCAUCAGCAUGGGCACAUACAUCGAGAUGUCAAGGCAAGUAGUAACUGGCCAUAUCACAUUUAUGUUCUAUGAUCAGAAACUUAUUCAUUAUCACGGCGGAGCUCUAACCAAUUUUAUUUUAAUUUCCACUCUGUCAUAGAUUCACGGAUUGUGGGUUUACUCCGAAUUCUAGCUCUCCAUUUCUUUCUUGCUUGGAUUUUUUCAGGUUUUCUUUGUUGGCUAUACCCUCAGAAACUGCCUGAUCAUCCCUCAGGGAUUUAAUCUGGCUUCUGUCAAACUAGUAUUAUGUUCACUUGCAGACAUUCAGAUAAAAUCCUUUAUCUAUGAUGACACCACUUUCAUGAACCAUUUUAUUUAUUUUUAUUCACGAUUAUUUCUCAAUAACUUAUUAAAAAAGCUAAGUUCGUUUGUUUGGUGUUUAGUUAAGAGUCUGUAUUUUGUCAAAGAUGGGCAUUUUUGUUUAGAUGCUACCAGGGAACAUCUACUCAUGUUAAUAAAUUAUUUACAUCUCCCAUGAUUUUUUUUAUUCUAAAUUAUUUCCGUGGUGUCUUUGGUUCAUUCAGUCUCCAUUAAAAUUGAAUUUUACCUUAAAACAUCUGUAAAUUCUUUGGUUUUUUUCCUGUUAUAUUAGGCUGGUAAUAUAUUAGUGGAUGGACGUGGUGGAGUUAAGCUAGGAGAUUUCGGAGUUUCUGCUUGCCUUUUUGAUUCUGGUGACAGACAGCGCACAAGAAAUACGUUUGUUGGCACACCUUGCUGGUGAAUGACAUUGAAUUUAUCUGUUUAGAUUACUAAUCCUGAUUCCAUUUUUCUGUGACUGAUAGUUAGACUCCAUUUUUCUUUCCCCAGGAUGGCACCAGAGGUUUUGGAGCAACUACAUGGCUAUGAUUUCAAGUUAGUUCAUUUCACUCUUGCACAGUUAAUUGAGUGGUAGUCUUUAUCAUUGUCAACUUCUGUCCCUGCAGGGCCGAUAUUUGGUCUUUUGGUAUAACUGCUCUUGAGCUUGCUCAUGGUCAUGCACCUUUUUCCAAGUACCCUCCUAUGAAGGUACUUACAGAAUGAUUAUUAAUGUCAAUUACCAAAUUGCACCGGUGAAAGAACUACGUGGUACAAUUAGCCAAUAUUUCUUAAGAUUUGGUCACAUACUAAUACGACCUGAUUUUACAAGAUAAUAAGAAGGGAAAAAAAAAGGGAAAAAAAAGUGUUUCUUGAUUAUUUUUGGCAUAUUAUACAACGAGCGUAUAAAUUCAAGUCUUUGGUAGGUUUUGCUCAUGACGUUGCAAAAUGCCCCUCCAAGUCUUGACUAUGAAAGGGACAAGAAGUUUUCAAAGGUAUCCUAAUGCUCAUUCUGUUGUUCACUAGAGACAUUAUUCCCUUACGGCUUCUUUGUUUCUCUCAUUUUUAGUCUUUUAAGCAAAUGGUUGCAAUGUGUUUGGUGAAAGAUCCUCGGAAAAGACCUUCUUCGACUAAGUUGUUGAAACACUCAUUCUUUAAGCAAGCUAGAUCAAGUGACUUUAUUUGUCGAUCAAUUUUGGAGGGUUUGCCUUCACUUGGUGAUCGUAUUAGAGCACUGAAGGUGGUGUUUUUUUACUCGUUCAUUUUGACCUUUACUCUUUCUUUUUGCCAUUCAUUUAAGCGAAAGUGUGAUUCAUAA